CAUGCACACUAUCUCAUGAAUGAGCCCCCUCUCGGGCAGGCCACGCCCCUCUCGGGCAGGCCACGCCCCUCUCGGGCAGGCCACGCCCCCCCUCUGCCCGUACAAUCUCAAAUAGUGUUCCUGCCUCACCCUCAGAUCCGCAACGUCGAGACCAACCAGUGCCUGGACAACAUGGCCAGGAAGGAAAACGAGAAAGUCGGCAUCUUCAACUGCCACGGAAUGGGCGGCAACCAGGUGUUCUCCUAUACGGCCAAUAAGGAGAUCCGCACGGACGACCUGUGCCUGGAUGUGUCCAAGCUGAGCGGUCCGGUCAUGAUGCUGAAAUGCCAUCACCUGAAGGGCAACCAGCUGUGGGACUAUGACCCCGUGAAGCUGACACUAGUGCACGUCAACAGUAACCAGUGUCUGGACAAAGCGACAGAGGAGGACAGCCAAGUGCCCAGUGUCAAGGACUGCAACGGCAGCCGGUCCCAGCAGUGGCUCCUGAGGAACGUCACACUCCCGGAGAUCUUUUAGGCUGACCCACGGAGGGCGAGCCAGGGAGAGGCGAGGGGGGGGGAGAGAGCCGGAGAAAGAGAGGGAGGCAGCCAGGCAUGGACUGCUGAACGAGCGCUGGCAGGAGGGGGGGUGGGGGGAGGCGCUGCCAGACACAGGACCGGCUGGAGAGGGGGGUGUGUUUUGUUUUUUCUCUUUUUUGACUGGGCUACCUCGGCACAAGACUCGGCC